GUCUCUGCUAGAGGGUAAUGUGGUGAAUGGAACAAUUGGAAAGCAGAUGGUUGACACCCUGGUGGAGUCGUCUAGCAAUGUGGAGAUGAUCCUCAAGUUCUUUGAUAUGUUCCUUAAACUGAAGGACCUGACGACCUCUGACAGCUUCAGAGAGUAUGACCCCGAGUGUAAAGGCAUUAUUUCAAAGAAGGAGUUCCAGAAGUCAAUGGAGAGCCAGAAGCAGUACAUCCAGUCUGAGAUUGAAUUCCUGCUCUCAUGCGCAGAGGCCGAUGAGAAUGACAUGUUCAACUACAAGGAGUUUGUGGAGCGGUUCCACGAGCCGGCCAAAGAAAUCGGCUUCAAUGUGGCAGUGCUUCUGACCAACCUGUCUGAACACAUGCCACACGACUCCAGACUCGCCACCUUCUUAGACCUAGCAGAGAGCGUACUCAGCUACUUUGAGCCGUACCUGGGUCGUAUUGAAAUCAUGGGCAGCGCAAAGCGGAUCGAGAGGGUGUACUUUGAGAUCAGCGAGUCGAGCCGGGAGCAGUGGGAGAAGCCGCAGGUCAAAGAGUCCAAGCGCCAGUUCAUCUUUGACGUGGUCAAUGAGGGCACGGAGAGCGAGAAGAUGGAGAUGUUUGUGAAUUUCUGUGAGGACACCAUUUUUGAGAUGCAGCUGGCCUCACAGAUCUCUGAGCCAGAUGCAGUUGAACAACCUGAGGAGGAGGCUGAGGAAGAAGCACACAGUAUCCUGGACGAGUUGGCUGAAGAGGAAGAGGGCGCCCUGGAGUCUGCCUCAGCCUUUACCACCGCAUGCUGCUCAGUCAAGAAAAAGGUCGCCUCCGUCCGCCAAAUCUUUUCUAUGAAAAACGUGCGUAAGCAGUUCAAGAAAAUGAAGAACCUGAGCAUCAGGGAGAUUAUCACCGGCUUCUUCUCCUUCUUCUGGAUGCUCUUCACCGGCUUCUUCAAGGGAAUCUACGGCCUCAUCUUUGGGUUCUUCCACGUCAUCUGGUCCUCCAUGUUUGGCGGUGGCCUGGUUGAAGGAGCCAAGAACAUGAAGGUGACAGACAUCCUCGGAAACAUGCCUGACCCAACUCAGUUUGGUAUCCACGGAGAUGUGAUUGAAGGAGAGAAAGUGGAGGCCAUAGAGUCAUCAGGAAGCUUAGACACAGCCAUGGCACCAGCAGGCGACCUAGCAGAGGUCGACGCGAUGUUGGAGAUGCUGUCGAAUCCCAAGAAGGAGGGAGGAAAACAUUCGGAGCCGGGUCUGGGUGAUGUUUCUGAGUUGAGUGCAGAGACCUCCAGUGCUGAUCAGAAGAAGAAAACUGCAUCCAAGCCUGCUGAAACCCCUGAGAGCGAACCAGAGAAAGCAGACACAGAGAACCAGGAGAAGGAGGACAAGCCAAAGACAGAGGAGGAGGCAAAGGAGCCAGUGGCCGAGGAGAAGCCCAAGGCCAGAUCGAGCCAACCUAAAGAGGCGGCGCCGGGCUCCAUGUGGAGUAUUUUUGCCGUUUUGGAUGUCUAUGUGACCAAACUGCUGAACUACUUGGCUCGUAACUUCUACAACCUGCGUUUCCUGGCUCUGUUUGUGUGCUUUGCCAUCAACUUCAUUCUUCUCUUCUACAAGGUCACCGGUGAAACUGAUGAAGAAGUAGAUGAGGCAAUGACCUGGGGUGGCGAGGAGGAGGAUGAUGGUGAGAACACACUCUUCGACAUGGAUGAGUUUGUCCUGCAGGAGAGCACCGGCUACAUGUUACCAACUCUGCGCUUCCUGGCUAUAUUCCACACCGUCAUCUCACUCAUCUGUCUGUUAGGAUACUACUUCCUAAAGGUUCCUUUGGUGGUAUUCAAGAGGGAGAAGGAGAUCGCCAGGAAGCUUGAAUUUGACGGUCUCUACAUCACCGAACAGCCGUCUGAUGAGGACAUCAAGGGCCAGUGGGAUCGGCUCGUCAUCAACACCCCGUCUUUCCCCAACAACUACUGGGACAAGUUUAUAAAGCGCAAGGUGAUCAACAAAUACGGUGACCUGUACGGAGCUGAGCGCAUCGCUGAACUCUUGGGCCUGGAUAAGAGCGCUCUGGACUUUGACCCCACAGUGGAGACUGUGGAGAAGGAAGCUUCCCUGCUGUCCUGGCUGAGCUCCAUUGAUACAAAGUACCACAUCUGGAAAAUGGGCGUGGUUCUAACUGACAACUACUUCCUGUAUCUGAUCUGGUACACCACCAUGUCCAUUUUCGGACACUUCAACAACUUCUUCUUUGCUGCCCAUCUGCUGGACAUUGCCAUGGGCUUCAAGACCCUCCGCACUAUCCUGUCUUCUGUCACUCACAACGGCAAGCAG